ACACACUCUCACACAUCGGGUUUUGGGACCCACAAGGAGAGCCGGGUUGGGCAGGAACCCCGGGACCCCCAGAGUGGGGAGAGCGGAGAAGGGCGGUACCGGAGCUGGGAGACCCCCGACAGCCUGGAGGAUUUCUCAUUCCCAAACCUUGACCAGAUGGAGGAGGAAGCUGGGAGGAAAAGGAAGAUGCUACAGGACACCCAGGCAACGAACUGAGGGCAGAGACCAUGGAGGACAAAUCUGCCUGGCAGAACCUCGCGGAAGAGGCUGUUUUGAAUGGCUCCACUGUGCAGGAAGCCAAUGGGGAGGAAAAGCCACAAACAUUCCCCACAGGAAGCAGUUCCAAACCUAGCACACAGGGCUCUGAGGAGGAGAGCCCCACCUUUUGCCAGGAAGGCGGCCGGAGCUUCAGCCAGAGCUCUGACCUGGUGGUCCACCAGCGGCUUCAUGAAGUGGAGAAGCCCUACAAGUGCUUGGAAUGCGGGAAGAGCUUCAGGCAGAGCUUCCACCUGAUUCGCCACCAGAGCAUCCACACCGGGGAAGGGCCCUAUAAGUGUUGUGAAUGUGGGAAGAGCUUCAGUGAUGGCUUCACCUUUGCCGCCCACCACCGGGUGCACACAGGGGAACGGCCUUACAAGUGCUUUGAAUGUGCGAAGAGCUUCAGCCAGAGCUCCAACCUCAUCACCCACCAGCGCCUGCACACCGGGGAACGACCCUACAAGUGUCCCGACUGUGGGAAGAGCUUCGUCCGCAGCGCUGACCUUGUAAUCCAUCAUCGUAUCCACACUGGGGAGAAGCCCUACGAGUGUCCUGAGUGCGGGAAGAGGUUUCGGAGCAGCUCAAUUGCCAACAGGCAUCAGAGGACGCACACAGAGGAGAGGCCCUAUGAGUGUCCUGAGUGUGGGAAGAGGUUUCGGAACAGUUCUCAUCUCAUCAGGCAUCAAUGGGCACACACGGGGGAGAGGCCCUACAAGUGUCCCCAAUGUGGGAAGAGCUUCAACCAGAGCUUUACCUUGAUCAGACACCAACAGACUCAUCAAAAAAGGAAGCCCUAUAAGUGCCCCAACUUCAGAACUUUGUCCACUGCUCCAACUUCAUCACCCAUCAGAGAACCGACCUUGGAUUAUCCACAGUGACCCAGGUUGGGUAGGUCUGGUGACCCCCAAUCCAGGUUGUCCAUGUUGGGCAGUGUAUUGGGUUUGCGUGGAUAGGUCUUGGGCUCAGGGGGCUACAGGGGUGACUUCUGUGAGAAGCUGCCAGAAGCUUCCCCCAUGUCUGAUUUGCAUCUGUACAAUGUUUAUAAAGAAGCAAUGGACCAUGUUUAAAAAUUCCCUUGGCAAGGGAUGGAAAAGUUAACCUGUUAUAGUUUAACACAUCAAAUUCUACUUUGUGUUUUGUAGCACAAAAACACUGCAUAAGCAAAAUAAAGAGAAAGAUGUGCUAGGAAUAGUGGGCUAAAACAGGGGGCUGUGGAAAGGGCAUGGAGAAAAAAAAAAAAUUUCUUCUCAUGUGCAGCAUUAAAGUUCCAGUCUCAUCAGAUUAUAGCGCAAGUUUGAAAUGUUAGGGUGAUACUUUAUGCUUGUAAUUUAAGUAGCCUUUUUCCAAUAGGAAAAACCUGGAAAAUAUUCUACAGACUACUGUAAUUUCAACAUACAAUAAAUGAGUUAUGGAGGGACAUAUUUAGCUUAGAAAAACCCAGGGGAGUAAAGGUUUUCAUUUUCAACAGCAAAUGACUUCUGCUUCUUCGGAAAGUGCAUCUGAUUUUGUUAUUUUUUUUUUUCAUGAAGUGAAGAAGUUAGUCCUAUAACCCAGCUAUACUUAUAUUUAUUUCUAGUGACCAUGUCAUAAAUCUAAUCUGGAUUAAUAACCUAAAGGAAAAAUAUACAUCUAGAUCUAUAUCCAUCUCAGUUCUUCCUGUCUGUAAUUAUGGCCUUAGAAAGCUCUAUGUUGGUAUUUAGAGAGGUGAUGAGUUUUCCAAGGAAAGGGUAGCUUACAGUUUGGUACCUAGUUCACUGAGCAAGUGCCUCACAUUAGCAAGGCUCAAAUCAGAGAAUGGACUAUAUCCACUUUUUUUGAAGGACUCAUCCCAUAAAGGACUACAAAUACAGAUUUUAUCACACUUCACCACCUGUAUAUAAUUAAGAAGGGUAUUUUGGACUGGUUUAAAAUCUUAGAUUGAGUGGGUUAAAAAAAAAAAAAAAAGAACAGGUUUUACUGGGUAUAAAUGGGUGUGUACACUUUCCACAUUACAGUGCAUUGUAGUGUAGCCAUUUAUAGCCAGGCUACCUUUGCAGCUAGUUACACUGCCACACUUGCUUAAAAAAAAAAACAAAACCAAACAAGCACAUAACCUACAAGAGGACUUCUGAAUCUCUACAGUUACAGAACAUAGUUCCCAGUCAUGAGAUUUGAGCAGAAGCCUACAGACUAGAUGUGAGAUUCCUCCCUGCCCUUGGUAUUAAUCAGUUUGAGAUUAAUUAGCAGCUCAAGCAGUAGUCUCUCCUUCAAUUGCACUCUCUCUUUUCUAGAAACUAUAGAGUUGUAUUAAAAUUAGGUUGAACAAAGUAUAUUAUGACCUGAAAUAAGGGCUCACUCCCACUGGAACAGAAUACAGUUGCUUAUCGUA